AUGCGUCUGUUGGCUCUCAAGUCGCUGGUAGCGUUGCUGCCAGCGUUGGCACUCGUCGCAGCUCAAGAUGGCUCCAGUUCCAGCAGCGAAGCUCCCUCCAGCUCCGCUAGCUCGACCAUAACCAUGAGCACGAGCACAGAUGCUUCUGCCACAGGCUCAGCUUCGUCUACCAUCACCAGCGCGUCAGCUUCCGCCAGCUCUGCCGCUUCCAGCUCCUCUGUCAACCCACUGACCGAGAAGCCUCCUGCAGCUGUCCCCUCGGCCACUGGAAGUCCAAGUGCCAUCAUCCCCUCGGGUCCUUUGCCGCCCCCACAGGAGCACUGCACGUCGCCCAUCUACUGUCCCGGUCCCCUUCUCCAGGCUGUUCAGCUCGCCGGUAUCUUUGAAGACAGUAAAACCUUUGUCGACAAGGCCACCUCCAAGCCGGAAAACGUCGUCCUUGCCAACUUCAACUCGCUCGGCGGCGGCAACGCCAGCAACAUCACCUACGAAGAAAUCGUUCAGUUCGUCGACGACAACUUUGUCGCAGAAGGCGUUGAGCUGGUGCCCGCCGAUCUCGGCGACGAGUUCGUCGAGGACCCCAAAUUCUUGAUCGGUGUCCAAGAUGAGGUGGUGCGCGACUGGCUCAAGCAGGUCCACAGCUACUGGGAGCUGCUCGCCCGAACCACCAACUCGUCGAGCCCGUCUGGCGUUCAGUGUGACGGCUGCGUGUCGUCUUUCAUUCCUUUCAACGAGAGUCGUGUGUUUGUGGUUCCUGGCGGUCGCUUCCGCGAGCUCUACUACUGGGACACCUUCUUCGUUAUGGAAGGUUUGAUCACUUCGCAGCUUCAGUCGGUGGUCAAGGCGAUCCUCGAAAACUUUGGUGAUCUGAUCGACAGGCUCGGUUUCAUCCCCAACGGCAACCGUCUCUACUACGAGAACCGCUCGCAGCCGCCCUUCUUCACAUUGAUGAUCGACAAGUACAUCGAGGCCUACAACGACACGUCGGUGCUGGAACGCUUCCUGCCCCUCCUCGAGCGGGAGAUGUCGUUCUGGAAGAACAAUCGCACCAUCGAGUUCACGUCUCCCUUCACCAACACCACGCACAACAUCACCCACUACAAGGUGGACACCUCGGCACCGCGUCCCGAGAGCUACCUGGAAGACUACAAGACGGUGGAAGAUGCAAGCGAGUCGGAUCUGACGCUCAACGAGACUCAAAAGGCCACAUUGUACUCGAACAUCGCUUCCGGUGCAGAGAGCGGUAGCGAUUACUCGGCUGCUCGUUGGUCGACGCGUCCCACCAUCAACCUGACUGACACCAUCCCCGCUCAACGAUUCCUCAACACGGCUGCUCAGCUUCCUGUGGAUCUCAACUCGAUCCUCUUUGCAUGCGAGCAGAAGCUGUCGUCCUUCUACAAGCUGUCGGGCAACGGCACUCAGGCCAAUGCCACGCGCGCCAACUACUGGGCACAGCAAGCUCAAGCACGCAAGGCAGCGAUUUUGGACGUGUUCUGGGAUCCCAGCAAGAAAUUCUUCUACGACUUCAACACCACCUCGGGGGAUCGUGCACCGUUCUUCACGCCUGCCGGCUUCUUCCCGCUGUGGGCUCAGAUCUUGCCGCAGGAGUUUGUCAACGAGUCGAUCAGCAUCGACCAGCGUCGACAGAACAUGCAGGGUGUAUUUUCGGGUCUGCGAUACAUUGUCGACCGGUUCAACGGAACGAUCCCCGCCUCGCUGGUGACUACGGGUCAGCAGUGGGACUUUGCCAACGCAUGGCCUCCUCACACCUACAUUGCGCUCGAGGCACUGCGCAGCAUCCCCGACAUGCUCGGUGCCGGUCCACAGCUUGCUGCUGAGAAUGGCACCUUUGCGCUCGUGCCCAUGGUCAACGGUACCAACCAGCUCGGCCUGUCUGAGGACAGCCUUCCCGUUCAAGGUCUCGAGAACGAGCCGGGCAGCUCUAUCAACCGUACGCUAGCCGGUGCCACCGACCCCAACGACCCUUCAGUCGAGGUGGUCCCACUCCUGAACACGGGCAACAACACGAGCGGUGAAAGCUGGCGCGACGAGCUGGUGCGCGAACUCGCCAACCGCUACGUCGCGUCUGCCCUUUGCUCGUGGAGAGCCACGGGUGGAAAACUCAACACCACCGACCCGGCUUUCCAGCCUGUACCCGACGACGUCCUCACCGCCAAUGGUCUCAACGCUUCGACUGCCAUCGGCAACAUGUUUGAAAAAUUUAACACGAGUGACGUUAAUUCCGCGGGAUCUGGGGGGGAAUACGCUGUUCAGCUUGGGUUUGGGUGGAGUAAUGGAGUAGCUAUCUGGCUUGGAGGACAGCUGGGAGCCAACUUGACAAGACCAGAAUGUCCUCCUGUGAUUGCCCAGAACAGUACUGCUGCUGAAGAGUAG